AUGAAACUUCGUAAUUCGUUAAUUAAUAUGUUGGGUGAAUUUAUUGGCCUUCAUAAGACGCCUGAUUUCAAAUUGAAUGCGCAAUCGUCACAGGCCAUUACUGAAGCAGUAGCUGCGGAAACAAGGCGUUAUUCCAUGUCAAUGAAUGAUCCCUCGUCAGAUAAUAAUGGAUAUGUCGUAGUGCAUCAGCGAUUAUUCUCAACGAAUAGUGCGCAUGAAAGUAAUGAUCUCGUAAACAUGGAUCCAUCGUAUCGGCGUCUUUCAGAGCCCACAUCAAUGCCGUCAUUUACGCCACCCAGACGACGUCAUAUUGAACAACGAUUGCUCCUACAUUUUCAGAAAAAAAAAUCACGAAAACAAAAAACGUUGAGUAGCUUCUUUGGAAGAGAUGAUAAGGAAGUAAACAUUGAUAAUGAUAUCAAUAAUCAGCGACAAAGAAGACAUACUCGACGAGGCUCUGAAACAUUUUGUGGUUCAGUUGCGGCAUACUCAAAUAAUUUGAGUACCAUUAAUACAAGGCUGUAA